AAGUACUAAAUAAAAAAUCAUGAAGAAAAGGUGUCCUUUCGUACAGGAUACAGAGAAAAAAUGGAAAAGGCGUAGAUGUACGAAGGGAGUAAAACUAGGAUCACAAAUGUUACCUCGGGUUGUUUCUCUAACAUCGAGACCACUUCCUUUCAUUCGCUCAUUCCAUUACAGGCAUUUUCAAUUACUCAUACGAUAACAAAACAGCUAUUAAGGAAAACUGAUACAUCAAAUCGCACAAGUAGAAAAAUGGGUUUUGAUGAUUUGCAUUCAGAUGUUAAAAAAUGUGUGAAUCUUCGGUUGUGUAAUGUCUCAGGUUGCAUGACUGAGAUUCUGGAAGUUCAUGCUGAUCAUCCUUCAUUUCAUGUGGUUUAUGUUCCUGGAAAUCCUGGUAUUAUUACCUUUUACAAGGAAUUUGUGGAAUCAUUAUUUGAGUUGUUUGGAGGAACUGCAUCUGUAUCAGCUGUUGGGUACGCAGGUCAGACAGAAAAGAACUGGGAGGAUGGAAAGUUGUUUUCCUUGCAAGAACAAAUUGAUCACAAGAUGGAGUUCAUCAAAGGGCAAAAUAUCAAAGUUCCUUUAGUUCUGGUAGGACACUCUAUUGGUUCAUAUAUAUCACUUGAAAUGCUAAGGAGGCUUCCAAAGAAGGCAGUGUAUUGCAUUGGACUUUAUCCAUUCUUGGCCUUAAAUCUGCAAUCAAAGAAGCAGUCUACCAUUGUGAGAAUUGCAAUGUCCAGAGUCCUGUCCGCUACGCUUAGUUUCCUUGUAGCAUCUUUGGGCUUGUUACCAAGACAGGUUUUGAGGUUAAUUUUCAAACUUUCUGUUGGGAAGUCAUGGUCUAAUACUGCCCUUGAAGCUGGUUGCUCUCACUUAUCACAGUAUCAUACUAUGCGGAAUGUGCUAUUUAUGGCCAGGACAGAGUUCAGAAAGCUUUCAGAAACACCAGAUUGGGAAUUUAUGAGAGAGAACCAGGAUAAAAUUGCAUUCAUGUAUGGAAUUGAUGAUCACUGGGGUCCAUUGAAAAUGUUCGAAGAGAUCUCUAAGCAGCAUCGGGCAUUGCUCUAUCAAUUGAAAGGAGGGGACACUCAUAUAGUUUCGUUGUACUGAGGCUGGCUCGUUAUGGGUUGCUCGCCAUGUUGCUAUGCUUGAUAAAGAAUAAAUUAGCAAAUUCAAGCAGUAACAUCAGACUCAUUGCUUUCUGAGUUUGGACCGCAGUGCAAGUGAUUGAGCAUCAUUGGCUGCAGCAACAAAUGAUUAAAAGGAUCAUCUCGGCUUGUAAUGGAUUGGAAACAAGCUAUGCACUACUCAGUUCUUUGACAGGUCAAGUUGGACCCAUACUUUAAUGUGAUCACCUAAUAACUAAUCUAGUUAUAGCAGCAGUGGUUCCAACUGUCAUAAACUUGUAUAUGCAGAUGCUAUAUAAUGUAACCCAAUACUCCAUGAUUUUAUAAAGAUGCUGGCAUCUGUGAUUUAGAUGUGUUGUAAUCUUAGUAUGCAAGCAAUUAUUAAGGGCAAAAGAUUGCAGUGUUC